UGCCGAGCAGUCGCAUGAUGUCAGACUCGCGCUGCACGCAAACCAAUCAGAUUUUCCUCCCCGGCGUUAGAGACACGCGCGGCCGUGCGGGUUUUUCCUUCUCAGAAUCGCCGGCAGUCGAGAGGGAAGGUUGCUGUCUUGUCGGAUACUCCUGGGGGUCUGCAGCCAUGCCGUCUGAUCUGGCUAAGAAGAAGGCCGCCAAGAAGAAGGAGGCCGCCAAGGCUCGCCAGCGCACUAAGAAGCCAGAUGAGGUGAACGGGGAUCCGGAGAGCCCGGAAAGCCCGGAAAACGGAGCACUGGACAGUGCUGAGGUAGCCAGCCUGACGAAGGAGAUGGAUGAGUUUGAGCUGAAGAAGACCGAGGCGAGGGCAGUGACCGGCGUACUGGCAUCCCACCCCAACAGCACAGACGUGCACAUCAGCAGUCUGUCGCUCACCUUCCACGGCCAGGAGCUGCUCAGUGACACCAGCUUGGAGCUCAACUCGGGCCGCCGUUAUGGGCUGAUCGGCCUCAACGGCACCGGAAAGUCCAUGUUGCUGUCGGCAAUCGGCCUCCGAGAAGUCCCCAUCCCAGAGCACAUUGACAUCUACCACCUGACGCGAGAGAUGGCCCCCAGUGAGAAGACGGCGCUGCAGUGCGUGAUGGAAGUGGACGAGGAAAGGAUCCAGUUGGAGAAGGAGGCUGAGCGCCUGGCCCACGAGGACUCCGAGUGCGAGAAACUGAUGGAGCUCUAUGAGCGUCUGGAGGAGCUGGAUGCCGACAAGGCCGAGGUGCGCGCCUCCCGCAUCCUGCACGGCCUGGGCUUCACCACCGCCAUGCAGCGCAAGAAGCUCAAGGACUUCAGUGGCGGCUGGCGCAUGCGCGUGGCCCUAGCUAGAGCUCUGUUCAUCAAGCCAUUCAUGUUGCUGCUGGAUGAACCCACCAACCACCUGGACUUGGACGCCUGUGUGUGGCUGGAAGAGGAGCUCAAACAGUUUAAGCGUAUCCUCGUCCUGAUCUCUCACUCUCAAGACUUCCUGAACGGCGUGUGCACCAACAUCAUCAAUCUCCACCAGCGAAAGCUCAAGUAUUACACGGGUAACUAUGACCAGUAUGUGAAGACCAGGGAGGAGCUGGAGGAAAACCAAAUGAAACGGUACAACUGGGAGCAGGACCAGAUCGCACACAUGAAGAACUAUAUUGCACGGUUCGGUCAUGGCUCUGCCAAGCUGGCCCGGCAGGCGCAGAGCAAAGAGAAGACCCUACAGAAGAUGGUGGCGUCGGGAUUGACGGAGCGCGUUGUCAAUGACAAGACCCUGUCAUUUUAUUUUCCUCCCUGUGGGAAGAUACCUCCUCCAGUUAUCAUGGUUCAGAACGUGAGCUUUAGAUACUCUGAUGACUCGCCUUGCAUAUACAAGAACCUGGAGUUUGGCAUAGACUUGGACACACGGGUGGCCCUGGUGGGUCCGAACGGGGCUGGGAAAUCCACGCUGCUGAAGCUCCUUGCAGGCGAGCUUCUCCCCACUGAUGGUAUGAUUAGGAAACACUCUCAUGUUAAGAUCGGCAGAUACCACCAGCACCUGACUGAGCAGCUGGAGCUGGACCUGUCUCCACUGGACUACAUGAUGAAGUGCUACCCCGAGAUCAAAGAGAAAGAGGAGAUGAGGAAGAUCAUCGGUCGCUAUGGACUGACUGGAAAGCAGCAGGUGAGUCCCAUCAGGAACCUGUCAGAUGGGCAGAAGUGCCGGGUCUGCUUCGCCUGGCUGGCCUGGCAGAACCCCCACAUGCUCUUCCUUGAUGAACCCACCAACCACCUGGAUAUUGAGACCAUCGAUGCCCUGGCAGAAGCCAUCAAUGACUUUGAGGGUGGCAUGAUGCUGGUCAGCCACGACUUCAGGCUGAUCCAACAGGUGGCUCAGGAAAUCUGGGUUUGUGAGAAGCAGACCAUCACUAAAUGGAACAGGGACAUCUUGGCGUACAAGGAGCACUUGAAAUCCAAAAUCGACAAACAGAUGCAUGACAUCUGAACAUUGUCCAGGUGGCACCACCAGAAACCUCAUGAAGCUUCCUCCCUUCCUCCCUCAGUCAUGGCUGUUUGGAAGCAUGCUGAACUGGCAGUACACCCCCCCCCCCAUCUCUUUGCAAAACGCCAGGUCUCCCUCAUGAACCAUCUUCAGCGAGGAUGUCAGUCUCGUCACAGUAGGCUUGCCCUAGUCUCUCCAAAUAAAGCUGUUUGUGACGUUUGCACUUAAUCUUCCUUUUAAUUGUAUCUGCAGCCACACAAAUGGGACUGAAUCACUUUUAGAUUCCCUUCCCACUCAAGAGCUUUUAUUUUGUCAUUUAUUUAACAUUGUAUUUGCAAUAAUGGGUUUGUCUGAAUAAAUGAGUAAACUCCCAUUGUGAUACUUUCACUUCCCAUCCCUGUUUGAUGCUGACUGCAGUAGGACCACUGAUGUUGGUGUUUUUGAGGGUGGAGGCUAUUCAGAUGGAUUAUUGGCAUAAAGACACACAUUGUUUUGGGCCCUCAGAGCUGGUUUCGGUGUCAUUUACUCUGUUUGUUACACAUUCUUUUGAGAAGCAUUUUUUUUUUACCUGUGUUUAGGUAAACUAUUUCCCUGAAACUUAUGGAGAAUGUUUGUGUUGCGCAGCCUGUACUCUGAGAUCUGGGUGUUGUCUGUUGGGAUCUGGAUAUCAGAUGUAAAUCAAGUGGUGUGUGUUUUUUCUGUAAGUCUCCAGUCUGCUACUUCUCCCCCGAGUAACUAAAGUUAAAAUGGGGUUUUAAAAUCAGUCGACAGGUUUACGUUUAUUUAGCAGAUGCUUUUGUCUAAAUCGAGGAUAAGAAUGAAGUUUCAGCCUGUCCUGAGCUGCACACUGCCGCCUGUUUCUUGAUCGCCCAGUUCACUGUACAAGCUCUGGAUACCGGUGUAGCUUGGCCCACAAGAGGGAAUGAUUUACAUGCUAUUCCAUAUUUAUCAGACACUAGGAGGAGUACGCCAUUGUGGUGUAACUCAUUUCUUGAAUUAAAGACAAAAGUCUAAAUAAAAUGCUCUAAACAUAAGAGAUCUGAGGGUAUAACUUCUAUAUUCCAGGUGAUGCACAGUCCAGGCCAUUGUUGCCAGUAUCUCUAGUUUACUUUAUGCUGGCUGGUCCCACACAGGAUCCCUGUGAUCAUGCCCUUUGGACAGCAACCCAUGGAACUGGGCUGUAGUGAUUUGUGAGGUUCAGUCCAUGGUAACAGGCAACUUGCAAUAAUGUGCUGCAAGUGAAAUUUUCUCCUUUUUCUCAUUAAUUCAUAAAAUUCCCUGUACUUUUAUGUCACUGGACAGAAACAUCUGAUAAAUAAAAAUAAAUGCUUCCUUGGCUUGAGGCUUGCCCUCCUA